AUGAUGAGACAGGCUGGUCUACCUAUUCAUUCGAAAGUUGCAGAUCUUAUCUCGGAUGGUAAUUGGAAUUGGCCGAUCCACUGGUUAACGUCUUACCCGGUCUUGAAUCAACUGCCGUCUGUUAACCUUUCAGAAGGGGUUAGGGAUGUCAUUUUAUGGAGAGACAUUGAGGAGCGCCUGGUCCCGUUCAGAUCUUCUGACGCGUGGGAGUGCAUUCAUUCUCGUGACAUUCAGGUGAGUUGGUACAAUAUGGUCUGGUUCUCGCAAUGUAUACCAAGGCAUGCUUUUGUUCUCUGGCUCGUCUUCAGAAGGAAGUUAGUCACACAAGACAGGUUAAGGCAAUGGAACAUUGAUAAUAAGGAUUGCAUGAACUUAAUGUGUUGUUUGCUUUGUCAUAAUAACAUCGACUCGCAUUAUCAUCUAUUCUUUGAAUGCAAAUAUGCGACAGAGGUUUGGAUGCGAGUUAGGGAUAAUUCAGCCAUGAAAGCCGUGGGAUCUAAUUGGGACGAGAUUGUGAACUGGUUACUUCCUCGGGCUAGGUCGAGAUCUAUAGCCUCCAUUAUUGGCAAGCUCUUGGUUGCGGCUUCAGCUUAUUUUAUCUGGUAG